CACAGCAUGGUUAAGAUACACGAACUGCUCUGACACUUUCCUUGCCGUUGGAUGAUCCGUAGGGAGGCUACGGGAUAGAGCCAGGGCAGGGCUGGGCUUUUAGGCACAAAGCAAAGAGCUAGGGAAAGAACCGAGGUGUCUUCUUUUCAAUGCUCAUCUGACGCUCGGGCCAAACCAAAUACCACCUGCGUCUCACUGAAUAUUGCCAAACCCCAGAGCCUUUGCCCAGGCCAACCCCAACCCAGUGUUGCCAUUCUGCCCAUCUCUACAGCUGCAGAAACAGCUGUGGACUGAGGUCACAAAACGUGCUCAGGCUUUCAGAUACGUCUUUCUCCUGGCCUUCAGGCCCCAUUUCCUGUUUUCGCCCGUGAGUCCGAACUGUGAGACUACAAAAGCCACCGCGUGAGUCAGGAAGCCCCCCGGCGGCUAUUUCUGUCCGCGAGAAGCUUUCCAGGCACCAGACAAGCUGCAGCCUGGUGUGGAGGAGAAACUAGUCUCGGCUCCUUUAAGGUGUCAGCCCGCGCGCGCGCGCGCUCGGCCUUUUGUUUAGGCGGCGGCCGCGCGCGCGUUAGCGUCAACGCCCGCGCAUGCGCACGGAGGGAGGCCUGUUCGUCGCGGCGGCAGCUGAGGAUCCCGGCGGUGGCGCGAGCGCCAGCCCGGCCCGGCCCUUGCCUUCUGGCGUCGAUCCUCCUCAGCCGGGUGCCGGCUAGCCCCGCCCCAGCCUUCCUGAGUCUACACAGCAGGGCCUCGGCCGCCCCCGGACCCCUCUGCCGCAAUGAUGAUGAUGGCAUUGAGCAAGACCUUCGGGCAGAAGCCCGUUAAGUUCCAGCUGGAGGACGACGGCGAAUUCUACAUGAUCGGCUCCGAGGUGGGAAACUACCUCCGUAUGUUCCGAGGUUCUCUGUACAAGAGAUACCCCUCACUCUGGAGGCGACUAGCCACUGUGGAAGAGAGGAAGAAAAUAGUUGCAUCGUCACAUGGUAAAAAAACAAAACCUAACACUAAGGAUCAUGGAUAUACCACCCUUGCCACCAGCGUGACUCUGUUAAAAGCCUCCGAGGUGGAAGAAAUUCUUGACGGCAAUGAUGAGAAGUACAAGGCCGUGUCCAUCAGCACGGAGCCCCCCACCUACCUCAGGGAACAGAAGGCCAAGAGGAACAGCCAGUGGGUCCCCACACUGCCCAACAGUUCCCAUCAUCUGGAUGCUGUGCCAUGUUCCACCACCAUCAAUAGGAACCGCAUGGGCCGGGACAAGAAGAGAACCUUUCCCCUGUGCUUUGAUGACCAUGAUCCAGCUGUGAUUCAUGAGAAUGCAUCUCAGCCUGAGGUGCUGGUGCCCAUCCGGCUGGACAUGGAGAUCGAUGGGCAGAAGCUGCGGGAUGCCUUUACCUGGAACAUGAAUGAGAAGCUGAUGACUCCUGAGAUGUUUUCAGAAAUCCUCUGCGAUGACUUGGAUUUGAACCCACUGACCUUUGUACCAGCCAUUGCCUCUGCCAUCAGACAGCAGAUUGAGUCCUAUCCUACAGACAGCAUCUUGGAGGAUCAGUCUGACCAGCGUGUUAUCAUCAAACUGAACAUCCAUGUGGGAAACAUCUCCCUGGUGGACCAGUUUGAGUGGGACAUGUCGGAGAAGGAGAACUCACCAGAGAAGUUUGCCCUGAAGCUGUGCUCAGAGCUGGGGCUGGGCGGGGAAUUUGUCACCACCAUCGCAUACAGCAUCCGGGGACAACUGAGCUGGCAUCAGAAGACCUAUGCCUUUAGUGAGAACCCCCUGCCCACAGUGGAGAUUGCCAUCCGGAACACCGGCGACGCUGACCAGUGGUGCCCACUGCUGGAGACCCUAACCGAUGCUGAGAUGGAGAAGAAGAUACGAGACCAGGACAGAAAUACAAGGCGGAUGAGGCGCCUCGCCAACACCGCUCCGGCCUGGUGACCAGCCCGUCGGUGCUCAUCUGUCAUGGAGCAUCUGGAAGAUUGGAGGACUCCUCUCCUUCCUCUUCUGACAAGGAAUGAGGCAAGGGGACGACAGCUCGGUGCCAUUGAGGAGUUGGGGAGGGGUGGGGAAUCUCAGGCACUCCAGGCCACCCUUCCCCACGGUGCAUUCCGCUUGCUGAGCCCCAGUCCUGCUCCCUUCUCCUGGCACCCUCCCCAAGUGCUUGAGGUCAGGGAAAGGCCUCAGUUGGGUUGGAUUUUGUUUUUGUAUAGGAGCCCGAGUCAGGGCUAGCAGUACUUUUUAAAUAAAAAGCAACAGGCCAUGCUCAG